CCUAUCUGUACAGUGAAAAGGGAAACAAAUAGAAGCAAAGUUCGCAGCCUUGUGGUUUUCCCUUUUGACAGGAGCAAAGCGGCAUCGUGUCCCAGGACUGCUCUGAAGUAAACCCUCCUGCCUUGCCUUAUCCCAAGCACUGAGCACCUUAAGAGAAAAGCUGCUUUUGGAGCAGUUGUCAGUCACUCUUGGCUGAAGCAUGGAAAUCUCUACUCUCGCCACCUACCACUGCCUUGCUUUUGUCUGGUAUUUUUUCGUUGCCUAUUCCAUCACACACAUCAAAACAGAGGAGCGGCCAUCUGAAGUGUUCCUUUAUGGUGGGCAGUGGAAAUAUUUGACAGUCCUCAAUCUGGUUUUGCAGGCUGUCUUCUAUGGGGUGUCCUUCCUGGCUGAUGUGUUGAGACUAAUUAAGAAACUGCGAUGUGCUAAGUGCGUAAUUUCCAGCAGAGACCUUCUUUUCAGUGUCCUGGCUUUCCCAGUGUCCACAUUUGUGUGUAUAUCCUUUUGGACACUGUAUACCUACAACCGAGAGCUGGUUUACCCCAAAAGCCUUGAUGGAGUCAUCCCGCUCUGGUUAAAUCAUGCUAUGCACACAGCUGUAUUGCCAUUUGCUCUCCUGGAAAUCCUUGCCUUGCCACAUCGUUACCCAGCAAAGAAGAAGGGAUUGAUCCUACUGGGAUUUGUCGCUUUUCUGUAUAUCAGUUGGGUCCUGUGGAUUUAUUCUGUAACAGGAGAGUGGGUAUAUCCUCUCUUUGCUUUGUUCAGCCCUGCUGGGCUAGCAGCCUUUUUUGCCGGUAGCCUUGCCAUCAUCAUCUCCUUCUACAACUUCGGAGAGUUCCUCAACCGUAUGAUAUGGGGAGAUUCAAUAGUAAUACUGGACCACAAGUGGAAAGGCAAGUGAAUCCUCCUCUUGAAGCCAAACAUGAACGCUGAAGCCAUGAAGUAGAGGAAAAUAAAUGUAGCUGUGAUAAAUCCUUUCUGCAAUGCAUUGCAGCUUCUGGUGAAGCCAUUAUGACAUCAGACAUAUGGAAAACUGGUGGAAAAUAUGAAAUGUUUGCCUCUUUUAUGAUAACUCUGCAACUGCUACGAAUAAGAAAAUUGUGUUCAUCUGUUUACACAGAUUUCUCAUCUCUUGCACAACGUACGUGAGGAUGUGUCCGUGGUUAAAAGUUGUCACUGGUAAAUGCACUCCCUCAUGAGCCUUGCACCACUCUGUAAAAGACCUGUGAAAGCAAGCCAGCUCUUGUUUGGAUUGUCCUUCAUCAAGUCUGGAAAAAAUUAAGAGGAGAGAUAAUUUUAACAGUGCUGUGACUUCCAAGCUAGCUAGAUAACAAAUUGGGCUAACAAGCACUGUAAUUAGAAAUGUCUGCUCAGAAAGUUCACCAAGAAGCCGAGUUCUUCUAACGAGAAACUUUCUGUAAUAUUAAUAUGCUUAAUAUUUCCCCUCCAUUUUAACAGAAAAUGUGAAGGCAACAGUUUCUUCCUUUUUCUUGGUUUCAGUUAAUCUCGCAGCAAAAGUAACCUAAUUAUACUGACUGUAUGAUUGCUUUGACAGAAAGCAUGUUAAUUUAAAGCACUGUUUAACAUAAAGCUGCCUGCCAUAUAAUUACACUCCAUUCACAUGUUUACUAAUUUUCCUCAAUAUAGUUGAUUUCUGUUAUUAGCCUCAACAUUUUGUUAACAUCCAAAACACUGGAGAUCUGCUUUGCAAACUCCAAUAAACAUGCAAAACCGAGA